AUGGAUGCUAAGAAACGGUGUCGACGGGCGGCGAGAGCACAAGUUAGUAAGAUCUCUAAUAUUUUAGAAAAUUUGUUAGAUAAAGAUGAACUAAAAAUAUCGGAGAUCGAAUUGAAUUAUUUAGUACUUCAAGGAGUUAUAAAGAAAUUAGAAGUACUUGAUAGAGAUAUAGAAAUGUUGUUAGCUGAAAAAGAUUAUGACGAAAGUGGGCUAGAAAAAGAAUAUGAAGAGGUAAUAGCUUACAAUAAGAAAUGGCUGACAAUGAAAACAAGAGUCGAGAAUGUUCUGUCUAAAACAAAAGAAGAAAGCGUUGGUUUUUCAGGAUCUGAAACAGCAAAGAAUUACAAAUUACCAGUCCUGGAGUUAAGGAAGUUUGACGGAUGUGUACGUAGUUGGUUACCCUUCUGGGGCCAGUUCCAGAAAAUAGAUGAGGAUAAACAGAUGAAUGAUGCGAAUAAAUUUCAAUACUUAGUCCAAUCUAUGAUGCCGGGAACAGAAGUAAGAUCUUUUGUUGAAAGUUUUCCUCCAAAUAAAUCCAGCUACACACAAUGCCUUUCUGAUUUGAAGCGUAGAUAUGCACGUGAGGAAUUAUUGAUUCAAGUUUAUGUGAGAGAGCUACUUACAUUAAUAAUAAAUAAAGACAAAAAUAUGAAUUUAUCAAACCUUUAUGAUCAACUCAACUCCCAGUUGCGCGCCUUAGAGACUUUGGGUGUAACACAAGAUAAAUAUGCCGCAUUUAUUCUUCCAAUGGUAGAAUCAUCUUUACUAUUAGACAUUUUGAAGGCAUGA